CCCUCUUCAGGUCAAAAGCCUAUCACAGUUUCAUAUUACUAGUAGCGUCUACCCAGGAACAACAAAAACAUGUUAGAGUGUGGAAAGCUGAACCGUUAGCGAGCAACAGCCAUCUGCAGUCACUUCAAAAAGUCGUCGAUUCGACCGACUGCUAUAUGAUUCCUGUCGUGUCAACGGCCGACAACCCAGAAAGAUGCCGCAGAAAACACUGGGAUCCAUUGUAGGUCUGCUUUGUACCGGGACCUGUCUGGUGCAGGGAAAGGAGUUCUGUUUUGGAGUGAACAAUGAGCAGUACCGUUGUGAGAUGGGCUACUGCUGUGGAGAGACAGAGUGCUGCACCUACUACUAUGAGCUCUGGUGGUUCUGGCUGGUUUGGACCUUGAUCAUCAUGCUUAGUUGCUGCUGUGCCUACCGACACAGAAGGGUUAAGAUGCGAUUGCAACAAGAGCAGCGUCAGCGUGAGAUCAGCCUCAUGGCCUACCAGGGUGCCUCCAGCUCUUUUAUUUCACCUCCACCACUUAAUCUGAGGUUUUGGAACGACUGCAAGCUUCCUGACUAUGAAGAGGUGGUAGGCCACCCCCCAACACCACCACCUCCUUAUUCAGAAAACCCUCCUGAGACGGCUCCAGCACUCCUUGCACAAGGGAACCAGCUGGAUGCUGCUGAGAUUGAGCCCAGGGUGGACACUCAGUGUUCAGGUUCUUCGACAGACCAGGAGGCAGUGUCGAUGCCGGACCAAGUGCAGUGUCGCGUGGUGGAGAACGCGGAUGUUUCCAUGAUGGCACCAGAGGAGGACGAGGAGGAGCUCAUCACUCGCCGCCGGCACGUGACUGGUGAUUCAGGGAUCGAGGUGUGCGUGUGCCAGCUGGAUGUGGACGAGGGCUCCGGGAUUGAGGAGGAUAGUGACGAGGAGCACCGCGUGUGCAGGGCCACGAACGGGGACUGCUGCUCUGCACGCCGGCAGCAGCUGCAGCAGCAACAGGCCUUCAGACAGAAGGAGCACACGCCAGAGCUGCCCAACCAGACCGCCAGCACCAGCACCGCAGACCACGUGGUGUGAUCCACAGCGUACCUACCAACUAACCAGCAAAGCAGUGCAGCUCUCUGUGUCAUGAUGGGUGAGAAGGAACAGCUGUUGCCAUCAUCAUCAUCACCACCACCACCACAGGGACUGUCUUUAUUUUAUUUUAUUUUUAACUGAUAUAUAGACACGAUGCUACGAUGAUGGUGAUGAUAACUAAUCUUUAAUAGCUCCAGAUUGGGCAAGGGGAUAAUGCAUUGUGUGGACAGAAGUCCCAUUUUUAAAGAAUUGAUGGUAUUGGGUGUUUCUACUUUGCUUUUGCUUGGAGGGGAAAUUGGCAAAACACAUGUUGAUGCUCCCUUUUUUAUUUUUAUUUUUUUGCUACAGUCAAAUGAAAAAAGGUGGCAACUGAUUGUGACUGACUAGAACUGACUGCCGUUUUUGUUUUUUUUCUUCUCCUGCCCCAUCCUCGGAUGAUGUCAUAUUUCUGUUUUUGUCUAGCUCUCCUUUUUGGCCAGAGCUUUUCUGUUCAUUCCUCCCAUCUCACACUUUACCCCCUGUGGUGAGACCAUCCACUUGGAGCAUGCCAACAUGGUCAACCCCCCACCCCCACCCCCUGCCCACACACACACACACACACACACACACACACACACACACACACACACACAAAACGAUGAAGCAAAAAACUGUCCAAAACAAACCUCUUCAAGGCUAAAGACGAUGCCGGACAAGUCGAAGAGAGUGCAGAUUUUGUUUGUGCACAAGUUCGUGUGUGUUUAUGUGUGUGUGUGUGUGUGUGUGUGUGUGCUGUGAAAUGUAGGGCACAGCUGCAUAGUGAUGUCAGCUAUGAGGUCAUGGCAACCAGCAUCUGGUGUGAAGCCUAUGGGACACCCAGAAUGAGUGUGUGGGGAACACAUACCCUCACAUAACAGAAGAAAGGAACAGGAAAGGGUUAAGUGUGUUGUCUUGUCUUGUCAUCCUCUUCUUUAACCCUCUAUUCUUUGCCACCACUACAGUUGACAUGACUAGGAAAGAAGCAAGUCUUUGCUUUACAUGAUUUAUUGAUUGUAUGCAUGCGAUGUUCCCUUGUUUUCAACUUCUCACUCCAUUUAAUAGAUAGCUCGGAGGGCGUUUUGGCCACCAACUUUUAUUAUUAAAUCAAUAAAAAGCCUUGUGGUGGCUUCAUGUUAAUGAUUUACCAUGGUAUGAAAGUGCUAGUGCCGUUGGCAGCAUAUUUUUUUGUUCAUUCUGCACAUGUUCAAAAGGAGGGUUGAGCUUGUAUUUCUUUUCAUAACCAGCUGUGCUUUAGUAAACACCACAGGUGUCACCAUGAAUUGCAACAAAGCUCCUGUCAGGAGCUGCUGUAGUGUGAACUAGAGUGUAUUUUUAUUUUAGUGCAUUAGGAAUAGGUUGUCUUGCAUAUUUAUAUCUACAAAGUGCUCUAGCAUCUGGUGGAUGCUCAGCACUGAGUUAGGUAAACAAUUAAAGGCACUGGUAUUUUUUUGCAUGAGGCAUGAGUUUCUGUGUUCAUUUCUGAUUUUUGUUUGCAGCAGAUGUCACUGCUGUGUUUGCUCAUCAAAUUCUAAGGUUAACAACGGGCUACACUCGCCACUCAACUCCUCACCCACAUGUUUGGGUAAAAAAGAAACAGUCUUACGUUUAGGCUUUGAUGCCCUGGAUUGCGUGUUGUUGUGUUGAUAUCUUGUGUUGCUGUAAUGCAGGGCUGGUAGUUGAGCUGGUGCAGUGUUGGCUCUGCUGUGGCCCCUGCAGCUCUUGGCACUGAGAGGGGAUUUGCAGUGGUAUUUUCCAUUGGCAGCAGAAAGCGGGUGCAUCUGAGGUGGAUGCGGGCUCUGCUCUAUAGUCUCUUCGAGUGCUGGCACAGCUGCAGAAUCUAUUGUCAUUAGCUGCAUGCUCCUCUGCGUUGCAUGUCGCCUGCGUAAUAUAUGUAGUCAAAGAAGAGUACAAGACACUGUUGUACAGGAAAACCACAGCAAAACACAAGACAACAAUCUAACAGAUGCUGUUACAGUAUCAUUAAAUGCUUUACUGCAAAAGUAGUUUGUAACUAAUAUAAAAUGUCCAACAUUUUCUUUAAUUUAGUUACUGAUAGUGGAUGUGAGAAUAGAGUGUAAGGACUGGUUGUUUUGUCACUUAAGUACACACAAAGAAAUGCUCCUGAUCGACUUGUCUAACUAUAAGGGUGUAAAGUCUGCAGUGCAAUAUUGUGUUUUACAGCCAGAAAGGUUGGAGCUAAGAAAAACAAAACAUGUUACCACCGGAUGUAGAUUUAAAUUUUUUAUAUUUGAUGAUUCCUUGAGUCAUUGAUAUGCUGUUUAAUAUGGAUUUGAAUGAAACCUAAUUAACAGUCUUCAAAUAUAGACUGUUCAUAAAGCAUUUUCACACUUGAAAGUCCAAGAUCUCCUCUGACUUAUGUACCUUCCUCUAAGUCCAAACUAUUCAAAACCAUCCUGAGCUUUCACUCUGUAAAUCAACUGAACAUGUUUCGGUUUGGUCUGGACCAAAGAUCAGCUGGUUUCACACUUGUGAAUUUGUGCCUGAUCAAACUGAGAAAUCAGGAAGUCUGGACCAAGCCAUGUAAGUGUUGACAGAAAGCCCAGGUCACACCAAGAUGCACAAUGAAACAAGUUACAAGAACUACAGUCAGCAUCAUUCUGAAAUCUGCCAGUUCAGACUAAGGAAACAAGAAACAAGUCAUUUCAACAGCAUCACCUGUCCGUACUUCCCAUUCUGUCAGCUUUAAAGGCCUUUUUGAGGCUGGAUAUAAUUUUGAGCAUCUUAAAUCAUAAAUGAGGACAGUGAUUUGGAGUUAUUUACUACAGCUGCAUUCCUGGUAUUGUUUUAACAACAAAAACAUAAUGAGUGUGGAGAAUGUUUGCUGGCUGUUUUUAGCGUGGUUAGUGUCACCUUUUAUAAGCUCAGAAAACAGACUGUUAAGACAGAAUUUACUGGGAAACAGCUUCACGGUAACAGGUAAACUCCAACCCAGUUGAAACACUAUAUAACACAAUGGUCUAAAAGCAGGCUCUGGUGAUUUGAUGGAUUUGACUGAGUUGCUGGUGAUGCUGACAGCUUUUAUCUGUGAUGACCUUAAAGGGUUUUUGUCACAAAUCUUGGCUUGAGCUCUGGUCUUGCUUUAAGUCAUGUGUUGUCACUCACUGAAGGGGAAUUUCCACACACUUUGAUUUCUCUGAAAGGACACACAGAACCAGGUGGCCCAUGGAAGCGUUUUUCUUCUUUCCAUUAACUUGCCACAGCCCCACCCUCUGUUCUCAUUGUGGUUUGCAUCUCUUGUACUUGUAGAGCUACAGCACAUAGCCUUGUGGCUAAGGUGCAGGAAAGCAAAACUGAAUGGCAAAGUCUAGUAAAACAAUGUACGCUUAAGCCCUAGUGUCACGUAGUUCCCAGGGGCUUGACAUGAGACCAUACUCACAUGACAGUGACAUUUUCUGAACUUCUUGUACAUAGUAAACGUGGCUGCACACCCAUUUGCAGAUGCAGAAUCAGACGACCAUGCUGCCUUGCUGCAUAACUACAGAGAAAAUGUCUUGAUCAUGAAGCUGCACAAUAAAACCUCUGUGAGCAGAAACAGAAGUGCCCAUUCCUUAGUAGAGAAGAGGUAGUGAUGUGACUUUGUUGCGCCUGUCUCUGAAUAAUUUCAUUUGGAAUUGCAUUCAGAACAGAGGGAUGCUUUUUGUAUCAGUAGAAAAACAGCGUGUUCUCAGAAUAUGUGCUUGCUUUGUGAGGAAAGGAUAUGGUUUUGUAAACCUUUAAAAAGCCACAUGAUGUAACCUUUCAGUUUUGUUGUUUAGAGUGUGACAUACAGGGACUUGGGUUUUGUGUCUGAGGGUGGUUUUGGCUGAAUUUUGAAAAAUUACCAUGUAUCUUAGUUAGUUAUGGCACUGAUUGAAAUUGUCAAAGACCAGAGUUCAAUUCUGUGCUUGUUCGCUAUUGUUCUUAAAUCUAGUCAAGAGUAGUUUGUGAUGACUUGAAAGUAUGAGAAAAAUGUGUUUAAAAACUUACGUUAUCUAUGGUUUUGUUGUCAUUCAUCCUGUUUGUAUUUUGGAAACAAAUACAAACUCAAAAAAAGAGAUUUCUUUGUAACUUUUUUUGGCUAGAAUGCAUUUUUGCUUACUUGUGUAGAGUUGUAGACAAUAGGGGAGUGGGUUAAAGUAGGAUAGAGGUUAAAAUGUGCAUGAAUGAACUGGAGGUCCAUAGUUUCCACCAUUGCCAAAUAACUGCUAUGCCUCCACAAAUUUUACAUGUUUACCUAGACUAAAGGGCUAAAUCAGUCAUCCGACGUAGACAGACAUCCGUUUAUUUUACUUAACUAGUCUGCUUUCUGUUCUUUUCAUUGGAAGCCUCAAUUGCAGUCUACUUGUUUUCUGUUGUUUGGACUUGGAUUUCCUUUUUUCUGGUGUGUUUGUACUUGUAUUUAACAAUAGUCACAAAAUAGCAGAUUGUAUACAAUAAUGUAUGAUUAUUUCAGUAGGCAUAAUAUGCCUUUUUUUCUUUCUGUCAACCUCAACGGAGGUGUGUGAUGUGACAUCCCCUUUCUCCCACAGCCAUCAACUACUUUUCCUUCCUUCUUCAGUUUCUGCUUUGCUCUGUUAACCCCUCAUGGACUGGGACCCUGCCGACCACCAAGCUCAGAAAUUGUACUUAAGCUGUCCUCAACUGUAUGGGACACAUGGAGAAUAUAGAAUAAUGAUCUUACCAAAGCCACUGCCGCUGUUUUCACCUGUAUGCGCUCGUCUUGUCAAUAUACUGUAUAUCUCUUUGGUUUCCCACUCUCAGGGUUAUCUUAUAACAAGCAGUGCUAGUCUGAACACAGUUUUGAUCCACCAGUCUCAUAAAGCCAAAGCAGAUAUUUGAUCAUUCUCGUCCUCGUCCAUUCUGUUCUUUGUUAUUCUUCAUUGUACAUCAUGCAUCUCUGUAGUGCAUUGUACUUUACUCAACUAGGCUAUGCAAAAAAAGAAAAAACCCAACAAUAUACACCUACUGUUAUAUGCUGCGUCCUCCUUUUCUUCACAGUGUCUGUUGUUUGUCUCUGGGCACUAGUACUAGCAAUAUAACUCUUGAGUACUUGUGGCACUGCGCUGUACUGUAAUCUACUUAGGUUGGUCUAUGUACAUGUAUUAGUUUAAAAAACAUGCAAGGAAAUGUAGUUUAUGCAUUGUUUUUGUCAGAAGUACAGUUUGCCUGUGCCGUCUACCACUAACACUUAAUACUCCCGACUUUCAGAUGAAAAUCAUAUUAAUUUGCUGAAGGAAGAUGUUAAUGCUGUUAUUAAACUCUGAUGUUACGUUUGUGUGUUUAGGAGUAGAUGUCAGACACUUUUUUAUUCAUCCCUUUUUUUGCUGCAGUCAUUCAACAUGUCAGGUCACUUAUAAGCUUUUUCCCAUCUUAAUGCAUUUUAACAAACUGAAUAUUUAACUAUUGCCUUUAACCCUCAGUUACUCCAACACCAUCAGUUUUUAAAUUUGUAUAUAUUAUACAUAUGAACGACCUCAACAUGGAACACAGUCAUCUCAUAUUAGGAUACACUGGGGUCAAACCAGAAGCGUGUUUUUUUUUUUUUUUUUUUCUUUUCCUGUCAAGCAACCUGAAAACUGUACUAUGUCUCAAUCAUAGUUACUACCAAACACAUGAAGGUGCCAUGGUUGAGGAUUUUUUUUUUUUUUUUUUUGCCAAAAUGAGAAACGCCCCAUCUUGAGAAGCAGGCAUCUACGAACAUAAACCAGAAUGUUUCUACAUUGCUUUUCUUAAAACCCAUAAUAAAGCCAAAAUGAGUUAAGUGGAAAAAGAGGAAAAAAUAAAAAGCACUGAAUGAGUAAAAUGCUUUGGUUUUUAGUAAAAA